GGAGAGCAGUAACAGUAAAGAUGAAGUUACUAAUCAUCCUCGGAUUCUGCUUAAUUGCCGCUUCGGCAUACAGGGAUACUGAUGCAACGCUAAGGAGUUACGACUUAUACAACUCGUAUUACCAACCAUACCAAGGCUACACUCCAUACAACUACGAUUAUUAUAACUACCAACAACCCUACUACUACUACGGCAGGCAGUACUCACCUUACAACUACGAUUACUAUAAAUAUCAACAAUACGCGCCGUACAACUACGAAUACUACAAUCACCAGCAACCCAACUACUACUACGGCGGGAAGAAUUACUACUAUGGGCCUCAAGAAUAUUACAAGCCCUACUAUUACAACUCCUACUACAACAAGCAACCGUACUACGACCCCGGCUACUAUUAUGGCGACAAGACCAGGACUGGCGGGGGCAGGUCUAGUUAUGGACACUCCGGAUAUGAAUCGAAUUACAACCUCCCAUUGUACUACGCUCCUGGACACAAUCAGGGAUACAAAUCAUAUUCCAACGACCAUCCAAACUUGAAACAAGUCAAAGAAUAUGGAUAUGUGGCACAUGCUGCGCCUGAGGCUAAAACCCAUGUUAAAGAAGAAUAAAUGUUGUAACUUCUGACCAACGGAUUAAGAUGCUAAAUAUUUGUUAUUAAUAAUAAUAAUAAAUGAAUAAAUGGCAACAUUGCAAA